AUGCCAGAACAGGAGCCCCUGACAGGAGCCCAGAAUGAAGACGAGCAAACAUCGUCCAGCCAACAGCAUCCCACCAUCAAACCCUCAUCUCAACCCUCGACCACAAACUCACAACCACCCUCCCGGUCAAAGACACCACCACCAAAACAAAAAGCAACCAUCAUCCCCUCUCACUCCCCUCUAGCAUUCAGCAACUACCCUCCCCUCUGGUCUCCCCUUUCAAAACCAUCCUCCCUCCCAAAACAACCUCGAGCACCACAACAGCCCACCAGCGCCGAAAGCAUCAAAGCCAUUCUAAACACCGGAUCUUCCACCUCCUCCAAAAACUCAAUCAACCGAUUCGAAGAAAAGAAUCCCAGUAACCAACAUCAAUAUCUGCAGCAACCUGAUCGAAGCUAUACGCAUCCUCGUCUCAAUAUUUUCGGGAGAGAUAUUGGUUCUUCUCGCAGAUCCUCUUGGCUUGGGAGUGGGAAGAAGAGGUGA